AUGAUUGUUCUGAACAGGUAUGUAGCUAUCAUUUAUCCUUUUAAGCCCAAACUUUCUACUGUAAACACCAAAAUAAUUAUAGGAAUAAUAUGGAUGGUGGCUUUUGGACUCGCCUUCCCGCAGUGCUUUUAUGCUAAGAUAACGAUUGAUAACGGAAUGACUAAAUGUAUUGUUACCUGGCCAGAUGAUGUUGGACGAAAGCAUCAGCUCAUGUAUCACAUCACAGGGAUUGCCUUGGUUUAUCUGCUGCCUUUAAUAGUGAUGUUUGUAGCAUAUAGCAUUAUAGGAAUUACUCUUUGGAGGAGUACGGUUCCUGGAGACUACGCUAAUAGAGUCUAUUAUCACCACCAAGUUACUGCCCAAAAAAAGUUUGUGAGGACCAUGGUAAUUGUUGUGAUAAGGUAACCAACAGACAGCAAAAGUUAUCACCUCUACUUCAUCCUGGGGAGCAUCAGGAAAGACAUCUAUCAGCAAAAGUAUAUUCAGCAAGUAUAGCUUGCAGUCUAUCUGCUUGCUAUGAGUUCUACUGUGUACAAUCCAGUUAUUUACUGCUGCCUUCAUCAAAGGCUUCGUUCUGGCUUUAGACUAGCUUUCCAAUGGUGCCCAUAUAUAAAAGCAACAGAGAGAGACAAACUUAAACUUACUUAUCCAUCAACGUCACAGCUGAUCCGCAACCGCCAGGCAAACAAAGCUAAUUCAAAAACAGACACACUGAAAUGAGAAAAAGACGACAUCAGUAUCUUGCUUGCAUUUGACACACUGAUUUUUAUGCUAAUACUCUUUAAUAUUGUUCAAAAUACAGUCUAAAAGAUACGGUAGUAGACUUUAGAAGCCUGGGGUAGUUUUAUUAUUUUGGAUCAUGCUGUUCCAAAUGUCAUCACCAGUGGAAAUAGGAUAAGAGUAGUAAUUCUGGAUGGAAUUUUUCAGCCUAACCUUUCUCCACUCCUCCCUGACUUCCAAAAGAUGCAGGUUUGAAUCAAAAUCUAUGUAGAUUUUGUCUGUUUCAUUUGAAACAACAAGCAACAACAACAAAAGGAAAUGUCUAAAUGGGUUAUUUCAGCUUUAGUGAAAGAAAACAUUUAGACUUUUGGUGCUAGAUUCACAAGGGGAUUUAGGCACCAUUCACAAAAUGGAGAGGACAGCAAACAGCAAUAGCACUUACUAGUUAGGGCACUCACCUGGAAUGUGGGAUUUCCAUGUUUGAAUCCCAGGUCUGGAGCAUAUAAGUAGCUACCAGACUAUAUAAUCAUUCUCUUAUGUUCUUUCUCUGAAUAGUCAAAUAUUUCAUAGAAAGUGGGCAACCAAGGGCCUGGUGAGCUGGGAGAAAACUAACCUGGGUUCAAGUCCCUGCUCCAGAGCAGGGAUUCAAACAUGUUUACUCAAUGACUGUCCUAAACACCUCUUUUUUGUGAAUCUAGCCCUUCACUGUGUUUGCCUUUAUUUAAGCAAAUAAACAAACAGUUACAAUACCUGAAAUCAAAAUGAAAAUGUUAUUGUGUGUCAAACAAAACAUUUCCUUACUUAGAUUCAGAUGAAGUGAGAAACUACUAGAUGUGAUCACCGGGUUCAGAGAUCUACUGAUGGGUCCCCUGACUGUAUUUCUGCUCCUGGGUUAGAUAAGAUGACUAUCUAAGGAGAUGGUGGUACCUAGGGAUAUGGUAAAAUCUCCAUUCUUAGAGGUUUUUAAGGCCAGCCUGACAAAGCCUUGGCACAGAUGAUCUAGUUGGGGUAGGUCCUGCUUUGAAUAGGGCAUUGGACUAGAUAAUUUCCUCAGGUCGCUUCCUAACUUAAUCAUCUAUUAUUCUAUGAUUAGCAUUCCCCCCCCUCCUCUUUUGUGCAACUGGAGCAAUGGGAAGAAGGAAAACCAAAACUUCUAAGCUUAGUGCAAAUGCAAAUAUGAAGACAUCUUUCCUGAUGCCUUUAUAGUAGUGAAAACAGGACACAAUCCUAGCUGGGAUCCCUGAAUGCAGUUGUGUGUAUGGAACAAAGAAAAGACAUCUGACACACUAUCAAGAUGCACCUUUCAAAAAAAAAACAAAACCAUCCAAUCUUAUUUAAAAAUGAUCAGUGAUGGACACGGUGAGCCUGUGUCCAUUCUUCCAGAAAGCUAGUUCAUCUUCCAUCUCUUCUUGACAUACAAUCAGUUUGCACUUUAGGUGACUAACUUGAGUUCUCCUCCCACUAAACAGCUCUACAAUAUACUAAUAAGAAACCAAAAAGUGUUGCUUUAUUGAGGGAGUGGGCUAUAGACUAAACUUCUGGGGGUCAAGCUGUGGUUGCUCUUGAAGGGCUGAGAUAGCACAUUGCAGAGCUAGCAUCACCAUCCCCCCUUGACUUGUAGGGCUAUGAAGGUUGCAGCUAUUUUUUGAUGGAUCAGUCAGUGACGCUUUUUGUUAGCCUGUUUCCAGUUCAUAUUUAGAAAAUGGUUUCUUCAGUUUUAGAAGUCCUGGCUCAAUUUCUGUUCUGGGAAGAUAUGGUAUUUCCCAGAUCUAGUAGUUGAACGUGGAGACUCUUCCCAUCAUUCAGUAGGCACAGUAAUAAGUGCAGUGUAUGUCAGGUUACAUUAUUUACAGCAAUUUAUGAGCUAACAAGAAGCUGGCUCUCAAUAAUAAAUACAAUCCUUGAUAAUAUACAUAGAAAUUAUUAAUUAUUAAACUGCAUUUAAAAUAUCCAUCUACUGAAAUUUGCCAUGUAAAGUUGUUUAACUUUAAAUAUCAAGAAGAGGUCACUUGUAUUCAUUUCGGAAAAACUGUCUGAAGAAUCUCAUCAUUCCAACAAAAUGAAGAAACAAAAAGCACAAAAUAGUUUCAGAAAUUAGGAAACGCUUUAUUUUUGCCUUCUGCUAAUUUAAAAAGAACAAAAAUUGCUUGAUUUAAGACAAAUUCUGAUGAAAGACAAAUUCUGAUGAGACUGUUGUAAGAGAAACACUGAAGGACCGUCAACUGUAGCAGUAUGAGCAAAUGAUAGUAUCACAUAGAUAUGUAAAUAAAAUAAGGUUUAUAUGAUCAUUUUAAAUAACUUAAACAUCUUACAAAGUAAGGACCACAGUUUUAUUCUUUAAGCCACAAACCUUUAAAUAAUGCACUGUAAGACAUCUUAGUUACUGCUUGUUCAACAUGGAAUUUAAGAUGUUCUUAAAAAUACAUUAAAGACUUGUGCUUCAAUCUUAAUACACCUCUCAUGGAUAAGAAGCAGUUUAGAGAUUAAAGUCCUGUCUACAUCUAUCCUCUGCUUAGAAAAGAAGUAGGGCUUAUCAUCACAUGUGAACUAUCUUCCAUAACAUGGAAACAUCCAACAUUAUAAAGCCACCUCUGCUUGGCGUCAUCCCAUUUUUAUUUAUCCCAACCAAAAACCCACCUAGCCAAGCACCUCCAAAUUUAGGGGAAGAGGUUUCACAAUCUAAACUUUGAUCCAGAUUUGAAUUUUUCUGCCCAUUCAGUUUCUAUGCUGAACCAAAUGCUCAAACAGACCCACAUUUUCUAGUGUUCAAAAUUCAGAUCCAAAUUUUAUAGCUCAGGCCAUCUCCAAAAGAUUGCUGCCAUCGUAAAUGAGAUUUGUGAAAUUAAAAUGACAGAAAAAGUAACUUACGCUAACAAAGAACAAAAACCCUAUUCAACAUAGCAAGCUUCUCACUUCAUUUUGUCCAUUAUUUUGCAAUACAGAUGCAUAUUUGGGUUUUGGCAGGUUGAUACCUGUGCAGAGAUUAUGCAUUACAGUUUCAACCAGAAGCACAACUGGAACCCCUGUGUGAGCACAACAUUUGUACACACAAACUGGCAUUUCAACAUACUAAUCAUACAACUGUAUACGCAGGAUAUGGAAAUGUGUGUAAUUACCAAUAUGUGGGUGUGCAAAUGUCAGAUGGUGUACACAAACAAGGAUGGUGCAUGUGUCAUACCCAGAACUGAACAGCUAGUCAAACGUAUUUCUACAGAUUUGCUUGAGUUCUAUAGGCCAGGUCUUUGUCAUGCCUGUGGAUUCCUCCUUACUAGCAGUGUACAUAUGAAUAUAAAAAGCACUGGCAUCACUGUUAUUAGGAUUUAUUCCUUUAUAAAACAGCAAAGCUUCACAAAGUCCCAAACCACAAUAGAGCCUCUUCCAGAAAUAAUCACGGGACACCAGUUAACACACCAAAAGAAGUUUAAUAUUUUUCACAAAUAUUAUUUAACACUAGUAUAUAACUAUUACUAGUGUGCAAAGUAAAAAGACUAUCUACCUUUGCAAAACCAGUUUGGCAUGCAAUUCUUCAGGUAGACACACACACUUAAAGCUGCAAGUACUGUUUGUGACUCACAUGUUACCUUACAACAUUCAAUCACAGUGCAUACUGAAAUGUUAUCAAUAUCCAGGGCAAUCCAAAUCUUGAGGGUGAUGCAGGAAGAUGGGAGAGCAACCUACAUGGCUAGAUUUUCUGCAGAAAAAGAGAAGAGGGGGGAAAAAAACCCAUGCAGAGACUUCAAUUCAUUUUUGGUAUGUUAAAAAAAAAAAAAAAAAAGA